AUGGAGUACCAAAAAAGACGUGCUGAGGAUAAGCAUCACGAGACUGAGAGAAGACAUACACUCUUGAAAGAAUAAGCUCUUGAUAUUACUCCACUCAAUGGCAAAAAUUUCCUCUGGACAGGUAAAAAUGUAGAUUAAUUUGAAGAUGAGUUUUCAUUCAAGAAAAUCAAAGUUAGAGGAAUCUUUGACCACACCAAAGAAAUCUAAGUUGAGAAGUUUUUAAAUGGAGAAAAAGGUGUUUAGAUUAUCACUCCAUUCUACACUCAUUUAAGCGACAAGGGUGAAGAACAAGCUAUUCUUGUUAAUAGAGGCUGGGUUCCAUAAGAUUUUAAAGAUCAAAGAAUGCACUAUGGUGUUAAUGACGGUAUUGAGAUCACAGGAGUUUUAUACAGAGGAGAUGCUAAGACUAAAUAUUCUAAGCCAAACGAUCCACUCGCACAUUAUUAUACCAGAGUUGAUGCCUACGAUUUCUCAGUCAUUGAUUAACUCAAAAACUGGGAAGAAGCAAGCAAAUUCAUGAUUUAUCAGAUCGAUGAAAAUGAGUAAACAAGACAAGUCUUGCCAUCAGUCCCAACUGCAGAUGAACUUACUAAAUGGAGGAUCUCACCAUAGAGACAUGAAGCUUACGCUAACUUAUGGAAAUCACUAACUUUCGGAGGAAUAUUCGCUAACACCCUUCUCUGGUUAUAUUUCUGA